AUGUCUGGCUCUCCACCUGACCCGAAACCGUCGGCGAUCCCCUCCUAUAUGCUGAACGGCAGCAAUCCGUUAUAUGCUCCUGGGGGAACUCACGAACGCGAGAGUCUUAAUUCCUCUAUUCGAUUUUCUCUUGCGCCCCUCAUCCCUAUUAAGUUCGACUUCCCCGUGGCAGAAUCUGGUCACGUUGAUAUCAGCGAAACUCUAGCAGUUCGCAGCCCGGUGGCCGCGCGUGGCCAGUCUAUAUUAAAUGCCCAGCCCCGCGACCCCGGAGAUGAAGGCCCAUUGACGCUUCCCGCGACCGUGAGCCGACCCGCCAGUCCCUACAUAUUGAACCCUCCGAUCGACUUUGACGGACUCAGUUGGCCUUGCCCUGGAACCCGACAGCGAUUGGAAUCGACACUCGAGGAGACCGAGAAUCGGCUCCAAAAGCUGGCGGGCGCCGUGCAGACGAUCCUGGAAUGUGUCGGCGAGGACCCGGAAAGAGACGGUCUUCUUGGAACCCCUGAGAGAUACGCCAAGGCCAUGCUUUUCUUCUCAAAAGGUUACGAGGAGAACGUUCGGGACUUGGUGAAUGGGGCGGUUUUCCACGAGGACCAUGACGAAUUAGUCAUUGUCAAGCAUAUUGAUGUUUUCUCCCUGUGCGAACAUCACAUGGUCCCCUUCGGCGGAAAGAUGCAUAUCGGUUACAUUCCGGAUCGCCGAGUGCUUGGACUAUCCAAAUUGGCUCGUCUGGCGGAGGUGUUCUCUCGCAGACUCCAGCUUCAGGAGCGUCUGACCAAGCAAGUUGCCCUGGCGAUCUCCGAGGUCCUCAAUCCUCGCGGUGUUGGUGUCGUCAUGGAAUCCGCGCAUCUAUGCAUGGUCAUGCGAGGUGUGCAGAAGGUCAGCAGCAACACCACCACUAGCUGUAUGCUGGGCUGCAUGCGCACGUGUGCCAAAUCCCGGGAAGAGUUCUUGACACUUUUGAACCGGGGAUGA